AUGAGUUUGAAGCCUACCCCUGUCCCAAAUGGGAUGACAUCAUUCUGGCGGACGGAGCCUCAUGUCUUAGAUAGCCAUCGAUCUACUGAAUCUCUCCCAAGUGAGUGCGAUAUCGUGAUUGUAGGUGCUGGAUAUGCAGGCGCCUCGGUUGCACACCAUGUUAUUGGCCAAACCAGUCCUGGGCUCAAGCCUCCUUCGGUCGUGAUCCUCGAGGCUCGGCAGGCGUGUUCUGGCGCCACUGGUCGAAACGGAGGUCAUAUGAAACCGGACAUCUACAAUGGAAUUGCUGGAUUGGCAGCAGAUCAUGGCGUUGAGGCUGCUGCAGAAGUUGCUGCGUUCGAGGCCAAACAUGUCACCUAUUUGAAACAAUUCAUCGACAAUGCAAACAUUCAAUGCGACUAUGUGGUCACAAAAGCGGUCGAUGUUCAACUGUCCCAAGAGCAUUCCGAAAAACUCAAAGAUGGAUAUGACAGAUUGAUACAGGGUGGAUGUGAGCCGACAGCUAACGCGACCUAUAUUGACACACCCAACGCUGAAAAGUUUUCUGGGGUCAAAGGCGCAAAGGGUUGUUUCACAUACGAAGCUGGUCACAUCUGGCCGUACAAAUUUGUUCUGCACCUUCUGGAAAACGCCAUUGCACGUGGGGUAAAUAUGCAAACACAUACUCCCGUUUCUGGAAUGACACAUUCUACUGAUACCUCUCUCACUCAUCGCUGGACGGUGAACACCGCACGAGGUUCAAUCUCGGCCAAGAGAGUGGUGUUGGCAACGAACGCAUAUACCUCCUCACUGGCCCCACAGUACAAGGAGAAGAUUAUUCCAGUGCGAGGAACGUGCAGCCGAAUUAUUGUUCCGCCUAACACUUCUGCCCCUCGAUUGGCCAAAACCUAUACCCUUCGUUGGAACAAUUGGAAUUAUGACUAUCUCAUUCCUCGUGACGAUGGGAGCAUUGUCGUCGGUGGUGCACGACCGGCUUUUAUCAAUGAUCUGGAUAGUUGGUACAAUGUCAGUGAUGAUAGCCAGGUACUUGAGGCUGCCGUCAGGUAUUGGGACAAUUAUAUGCAGCGGAAUUUCGUUGGCUGGGAAGAGAGCCAUGCGUACACCGAUCGGGUGUGGACUGGCAUCAUGGGCUAUUCUUCGGACGGAUUGCCACAUAUUGGCUGUGUUCCAGGAGAAGAAGAACAAUAUAUUCUCGCUGGAUUUACAGGACAUGGAAUGCCGCAAAUUUUCCUUGCUGCUGAGGGUUUGGCGAAAAUGAUACUAAACGGAAUCGACUACAAACAAACUCAACUUCCUCGGUUGUUUGAAUCUACUCCAGCGCGACUCGCGAGCCCUCGGAAUAAGAUAUUUGCCAACACCCCUGGAGCAAAGCCUGAAGCGAGAUUAUGA